UACCUGAGGGGAUGGGCCUGACAAGACAGCAGCAAGUUCUGGGAGUCCAGCGGCUCUUUCUCGCCUGCUCCUGAGCCUGCAGCCACAGUGCCACAUCAGCGACAGCACCGCACUUCCAGGUUCCUUAGGAGGAUGCGGCGAGCUGGCCCGGUGGGCGGGGGCGGCCUGAGGCCCGCAGGAGUGUCGGACCGCUCAGCCAAUGGGUUGCAAGCGCGGAGCCGAGGCCACCAAUGAGCUGGGGCUUCUUCCAGCCCGGGGCGGCUCCCGCCGGUUACCCGCGGUGGGACCAGAUGAAGCACAUCUGGACAGCUGUGCUAGGAGGCUGUGUAGCCUCUUCGGAGGCAGGACGUCACCUAGGCACGUCCCCCACGUCGUCUCCUGCUAGCUAUUUAUUAUUUAUUCAGUUUCGCCAAGAAGCAACCAGGGCACCAAAGUUGAAACUUCCCCCACCCACACCCCCAUGAGAAAAGGGCUAGGCCCGUCCAACACAUAGUUUAGUUUUCAGAGGGCUCUGGGAUCAAAAGAACAGAAACAGCAACAACAAAAGCCCAGCCGCGGCCUGAUUUUAAACUGGCAAAGUUAGAAAAAUAAAGUUUGGGUAAACAGAGCAAGCUGGGAGGUGAGCAUCAUGGGGACAUUAAUAAAUCAGAGAUGUAAUGGUGUCACUACAAGGUGGGACCUGGAAGCAACAUUUGCUGUAUGAGAAUCAGUCAACUCAAAGAAGCAACCUGCUCUUCCUUGUCCCAGUGCAGAUGAAUCAUGGGAAGUUUUAAAGGUCAUAUCCUUCCUGGAAGCUUCUUUUUAAUCAUGGGUUUUUGGUGGAGUACAAAGAGUAUUCUGAAGUAUGUCUGCAAAAAGCAAAUGAGGGCUUGCCACCUUGAUUCCAAAACAUUAUUCCAUCGAAUGGAAAUUUUGGAGGGAAUUACAUUAAUCUGCAUGGCCUUAACUGGUAUAGUUGGGGAACAGUUUAUUUCUGGAGGACCCUACCUGAUUUUAUACAAAGAAGGCCAGUGGAACCAACUGACCGGCUGGCAUCAUUGUACCAUGUAUUUCUUCUUUGGGCUGGUGGGUGUGGCUAAUAUCUUAUGUUUCACCAUCAGUCCACUUCCAGUCUCCUUAAUCAAGUUAAUAUUGUCAAAUGCAUUUUUUGUGGAGACUUUUAUCUUCCACAAUCAUACUCAUGGUCGGGAAAUGCUAGACAUCUUUGUGCACCAGAUGCUGGUGUUAGUCUCUUUUGUGACGGGCCUGCUUGCCUUUAUGGAGUUCCUCAUGCGGAACAAUGUACUCCUGGAGCUGCUGCGGACAAGUCUCAUCCUGCUGCAGGGAAGCUGGUUUUGGCAGAUUGGUUUUGUCCUGUAUCCCCCCAGUGGAGGUCCUGCAUGGGAUCUGAAUGAUCAUGACAAUAUUAUGUUUCUUGCCAUAUGCUUUUGUUGGCAUUAUGCCUUAUCCUAUAUCAUCAUUGGAGUGGAUUAUGCUUUUGUCACCUGGUUGGUAAAGACUAGACUUAGGAAACUCUGCUCCUCAGAACUUGGACUCCUGAAAAAUGCUGAACGAGAACAUGAAUCAGAAGAAGAGAUGUGAUUUAUGGGCAGUCGCUCUGUUUAGAUAAACAUUUUUGUUUUUUGCACUACCUUUGAUCAUUGUUUUCUUUCUCGACCAUUUGAAAGCAACUGGCUGAAGAUGACUCUAUACUGCUUGUGUUUUCAAUUUUGUUGAAAUAUUUGAAUUUGAGUAUUUUUUUUUAGCUUUUAAACACUUUGAGUGAUAAGUACAUUUUGCUUAUCAUUCAUAUUAUGGUAUUCAGAGCUUAGACUGAUUUUUUCAACAUCAACCAUAGUUUGAGGAUCAUACUAUGAAAAAUGUUUAUUUGCCUUACAGAUACAGGUUCAGUGUUCCUGGAAUUGCUACCAUUUAAACCUACUGAACAUGGAAUUAUAAAUGUUUAUCUUUUGCUGCAAUGAGAAAUAAAUGAAGGCAUAAAAGUUGGUGCAAAA